AUGGAUACCUUUCGUGCCGGGCUUGAGGGCAAACGCCUACCUUCUUCUAAACUACGACUUCCAACCACCAACUUCCGAUCUAAGAGAAAACGACCCGUCAUAUCAGGACCCAUUGGGCCCGUCAAGAACUCUCGAGGACCAGACUUUGUUCGAAGCGACACACUCAUCAUUGUUCCCACGAUCAAAGACUGUUGUUCAGACGAUUCAUCGUCCGACAAAGAAAAUGCACAAGCUAAAAAGACCACUCGACGCAUCUCUGCAAGCUUCUCGACUCACGGUUCACUUGCUAGCCCUCCUACUGUUGCCAAAUCUGGUCUCACUGCUACUACAUCUCAUCAAUCGCUCUUGACUGCUACUCCUGUCAAGCCUCUCCCGACUACCGCAUCUUUCACCAACUUUUCUAGGAAGACACUAGCCAAUAGCUCUAGCUUUGGUGUAUAUUCAUCCGUCGACACUUCGAUUCAGGACGAGAACGUCCCUCCCCUUGAUCACAAAGAAGCAGCUCCCCCCUCUCAAGGCAUGAAUAAGAGUCAACUCCCGAAGUCUCGCACGUUGACUGUUCUGAGCGAGAUCAAGUCUUCUAUUUCUCGACCUUUGAGCUCAAAACCGUCAACUCCUCAACCUCCAAUCGUUGCUGAUCAAUCUCGCAAGACGUCUGCAUCUUCAACGAGUAGUCUUCUCUCAGCUGGCACUUCGAAAUUUCGUCUCGCACGAUCUUCUUUAACUUCCAUGUCAGCCUCUCGAUGCAGCAGUACAAGCACCAUGGAGACACCAUCGGAUCCUCGUCAGAUCACCAAGUCUCAACCUUCAGCAUAUUGGUCUGGUCGCUUCAUGUCUCUGCAUGAUCGCUUUCUCUCCGAGGAUUACGACAAUGAAGAUGCCUUUUCGCCAGGCUUGUCUUUUGGAAGCAGUCUUCAACCUUACUCUAUGAGACCCGACUGCUUUGCUGCCAAUUCUCGCCCGACACAUCUUUCUUACUCUACCACGACGUCAGCUCUCACAAGCCUGGCAGACACGAAGCCACGCAAACCACCGAACAAUAAAGAUGCUCGAUGUUUGCGCAUCUUUCAACAUCUCGAAACCCUUUGUGUCACCAGGGAAGCUCGUCGGUCAUUGUAUGCUUGGCAGCAGACAUACGCCCGCCGCAUGAACAAACCGAAUCUUCUCCCCCAAGGAAGAAGUAUAGAAAACACCAGCUUGAUGGGACGAAUCUUCAGUGGAGGCACCAGCACAAGCUCCAGUGUACGACGAAGUUUACCAGUCAUGCAAGAGCCAUCAGGUCUACCAGUCUCCAAGAAGAGAAACCCAACCCUUGCUGCUCGAGAACGCGGAAAACGACUCUCCUUCAACUAG